ACUCCCCCAAACCCUAAGGCGCCAACUCACCAAACCCCUCCCUCCCUCCCUCUCUCUCAGGUCUCCUCCCCCACACCGCAUUUUCCGGCAAUGUGAUUCCGGCCGUUACGCAAAUCCACAUUGUCGUUUUUCCCCAACCUCUUCCGCAUGGCAUCGGCUUGCGUCAACAACAUUGGCACGUCGGCGGAGAAAUUCUCCCCGGCGACCACCUACCCCUCCUACGGCUGGCUCAGUCCUCGAGUCUCCUUCAGCUGCGAUAACAACGGUGAUAACGGCCGGGUCAAUGGAACUAAGUCCUCGCCCGUACCUUCGCCCUCGUCGCCGCCGAAGAAUCAGUCGGAAGCUCCAGAUCCGGAGCUUUCCGGCGGAGAGUUCGAGUUCCGGCUUGAAGAUCCGAUCGCAAUGCUUCCUGCCGAUGAGCUUUUUUCCGGCGGGAAACUCAUGCCGCUCCACAUCUCAUCCGUCAAGCCUCCCGUCAGCAACGAGGUUUCUUCUAUUUCCGAGAUCAGGUCUCCGGAGACGGCGAAGUUCCGCCGAAGACAGGAGAUUUCCGUUACCGAUCCCUAUUCGUUCUCCCCCAAAGCCCCCAGGUGCUCCAGCCGGUGGAGAGAGCUCUUGGGACUGAAGAAGCUCUACCAGAAUUCCAAUAACGGUAACGGCGUGAAAGCCGAGGCUGCUCAGAAAACGACGUCGUCGAGUUCUAGCUCGGCAAACGCGCCUAAAUCACUGAAGCACUUCCUGCACAGAAGCUCAAAGUCGCUGUCGUCUUCCGUCGACGCCUCACUGAGCUUGCCGCUCCUCAGAGACCCCGACUGCGAGUCCGUCUCCAUCUCCUCCCGCCUCUCGCUGUCGUCAUCGUCCUCGGGCCACGAGCACGACGAACUGCCGCGGCUCUCUCUCGAUUCGGACAAACCGAACCCGAAUCUGAAUCCGAACGCGGUGUUCUCCGUCCACUGCAAGCCUUCCCGGGCCAAGACCGCCGUCAAGAUUCGCGAAAUCAAGCAGAGAGCGGCGGCAGAUCAGGCAGCGAGGGCGGAAAGGAGCCAGAUGCGGAGGCCGGCAGCGGCGGAAUCCGCCACCACCGCCGUCAGCAGAGGCGUCUCGGUGGACAGCCCGAGAAUGAACUCGUCUGGGAAAAUAGUGUUCCAGAGCCUGGAGCGGAGCUCGAGCAGUCCGAGUAGCUUCAACGGUGGGCCCCGACUGAAGCACAGGGGUAUGGAGCGGUCGUACUCAGCCAACGUCAGAGUGACUCCGGUUCUCAACGUCCCGGUCUGCUCGCUCCGGGGGUCCUCCAAAUCCGGGUUCGGGCUCGGGCAGCUAUUCUCCUCUCCGCAAAAACGUGACUCGAACGGCGUCGUUUCCGGGAAGGGCGGCGGGCAGCACAGCCAUUACGUGCAACAGAGUCAGAGUCACAUCAACAAGUACCGGGCCGACCGUAACUGAAGCCCCGUAACCAAAAAAAAAAGUUUCUAACAUUGAACGACGUCGUUUUUUUCGGCUUCUUUUUCCAUUGUUCUCGUUUAGCUUGAAUUCGUUUUUUUGGUGUAAUGUAAAUAUGCGGCAAGAUUCUGAUAAUGUAGUUAUAU